UCCUUCUAGCUUCUGCCCGAAUCCUCUCUGUCUCUCUCUCUCUCCUCUGUAACAACCAUUUCCUCUGAGUAAUCACCUCUCUCUCUCUCUCUCUCUCUAUAAAGAGGAAGAAACGAAGUGGGAAGAAGAGAAGGGAGAGGCUAGCGAAAGGGACUCUUAAGAGUCGGGCGCAAUCUUGGUCAUCCAGGUCGCAGAAAAACAGCGGGCAGCUACUCCGGGAGCCGCCGAGAUGUUCUAUUCUCACUUCAUUCUCGCGAGGAAGGGCCCAUUGGGGACGGUGUGGAUGGCUGCGCAUCUCCAGAACAAGCUACGCAAGUCUCAGGUUACGGAGACGAACAUUUCUGCUUCCAUCGACUCGAUCAUGUUCCCGGAGGUUCCUAUUGCGCUGAGAUUAUCUGGCCACCUUCUACUUGGUGUUGUAAGAAUAUUUUCGAGGAAGGUUGACUACCUUCACCAUGAUUGUAAUGAAAUAUUGACGAAGCUGAGAUAUGCAUUUGCCUCGAUAGAAAUUGACCUGCCAGAAGAUGCAUCAACUGCGCCUAUCCACACUGUCACAAUUCCAGAGACUCUGGAACUUGAUGCCAUUAACCUGGAUCAAGCAAUGUAUGGAGUUACUGAGUUUCAGGACAUCCAUAUCAGAACUCAGGAAGAUAUAACAAUACCAGAUAAAGUUUGUGGAGAAGAAGAGCUGUAUGCCACUUUUAAUAUAAACGAGGAAUCCAGUUUUGACAGAAUUGAGGAGACAGUUGUUGCUGAUUUUGGUCCCUCGUAUAUGGAUGUAGAUUCACAUCCUUAUUUUCCAAGUUACGGCGAUGUUGCUGCUGAUGAUCCUACUACAACAGUCAACGUUGACAAGCACGAUGAACAGCACUAUCAGUAUGACAUUGUUAGAGAAGAUAUAGAGAUGGAGAUUAUGCGUGAUGCUGUAAAUGUUUCUGGGUCAACACAGGUUGUUAGUGAAUUUCAAGAUCUUGACAAGACCAACGAAGAACCUCAUGUACUUGGUGACCAAGUUGCUGAGGAUCGCCACCUCUCUUUUAUCAGUGAAGAAACUCCAACACGUUUGGCAUCUUCAUCACCUAAUUCACAUCAGUUACCCAAAGAUUUCUUCUUACCAGAAGCUAGCAAGGAGCAGGAGAACAAUUCAUUUGCUUUGAUCCCAACGCCACCAGCUCAACAGCCAGCAACCAAGCCAAGAAAGGCAAGAAAGAGAAAACAACGGUUUGAUGAGGUCAUUGUGUUAAGUAAUGAGUCCAUGAAGAAGCAGCUAGAUGACACACGGAACUUAAAGCGCAAAAGGAGAGCUCCUUGCACUGCUGUAAAGAUUCUGCUGUCUCAUAGGAACUCUCGCUGGGAGCAAAUUUUUCAAGAACCCUUGAUUUCUGGUAUGUCUGCAAAACUUGAGGACUUGUUGAAAAGGAAGCAUUUCCCCCCACUGAUUGGUCAAUCUUCUAGCGAGGUCAAUUUUGAACAUGGAGAAGCUGAACCUCCUAUUAGAACUCCAGUGGAUGAGCUUGAAAUCGAACAGCCCAGAUGUGAGGUUGGCUACAGUAAUGAUAUCGCUGCUGAAAUCCUACCCUCUAAGAACUUUACUCCCUCAACUGCAGCAACUUUGGAAUCAGCAGUUCACACAGAAAAUGAUUCUAGGAUGGGGUUUGAUCCUGAAAGAGAAGUACCAGCUUCUGCUGAGCCAAAUCUUUCUGGUAUAGAUGAAUCUGCUAUGGAUGAUGCCCAUCAGUUUACUCCAGAAGAGACCCCAGAAUUUAGGCUUAGACACAGUUCCGAGGAUCUGGAUUGCUUAGAAGCAGAUGCCUCUCAAACUGGAACUACACUAGACAGGGUUGAAAGCUGGUCUGUGAGAACCAGGGCUGUAGCGCAGUAUCUGAAGAAGUCUUUUAAGGGUCCACUAGAUUCGCCAGGAAGGUUGAACUUAAGCAAUAUUCUGGAAGGACGAAGAAGAAAAGAAUGUGCCCGCAUGUUCUAUGAAGUUUUGGUUUUGAAAAGCAGGGGUUGUAUUGAACUUUACCAAGAAAAGCCUUACGAUGACAUCACGAUCUCUCAGGCACCUGGUUUGACAAAUACUUGCUUGUGACUUGGUUUUUUCAGUUUUGAGCUUGCUAUCCAGGGAGCUGAGAUUUUUGUACAGGAGCCGGAAAUUGUUCCACAAGUUUGAUCAAGAUCACUUUAUCUCAGCAUCCAUCGGUCCCUCUUCAUUUUGUUAGUAUCUUUUUCUAAUAGGUUCUUUUUAUUAUUUUUAAUUAAUAAUUAUGUAAUAUAAUAUAUUUAUUUAUAUGCUACCUGCUUUCUUUGCUGAGCAUCUUCAUGAGUGCAA